AUGGCAACAGGGCGUUUACAGAACAAAACGGCUCUCAUCACUGGUGGAGCUGCUGGGAUUGGGCUUGCCAUCGCCACAAGUUUUCUUGAGCAGGGUGCAAUGGUUCUUAUCGUCGACUUUAGUCAACCGAACCUUGACAAAGCCCGUGUUUUCUUGAAACAAAAAGGCGUUGAUGAAAGCCGAUAUGUACUCCACCAGGCUGAUGCCGCGGACGAGGAGUCCGUCAUUCAAUCGAUAGAGAAAUGUUGGAAAGUAUUUGGAGCAAUGGAUAUAUCAAUAUUGAAUGCUGGAAUAGGAGGGAGAGAAACCCCUAUUGUUGAGCAAAGCCUCGAAGACUUCGAUAAACUCAUGCAUAUAAAUGCUCGGGGUGCAUUCAUCGGCCUGAAGGAAUCCGCAAAAAAAAUGAUCGCCAUGAAGAGGCCCGGCGCAAUAGUCUUGACAUGUUCGACAGCUGGACUGCGCUCGCGGCCUAACAUUGCCUGUUACUCCAUGACCAAAUUCGCAGUUCGCACUUUGGCAAUCACCGCUGCCAAAGAGUUGAUGCAACAUGGCAUCCGGGUGAACGGUGUGUGCCCCGGUGUUGUGGAAACUGCAAUACUAGAUCUCUUCCCUAACGCCCGCGAAAUCGCUGCACGAUCACCCAUAGGGCGAGUUGGACGGCCAGAUGAAAUAGCGAAAGUUUUUCUUUUCUUAGCAAGCGAUGAAGCAUCUUUUGUUACAGGGUCGUGUUACAAAGUCGACGGCGGGUGGUUGGAUCAUUAA